AUGGAGGCCAUCUCUUCAGCGCUCUCUGCGCUCUCCAUCAAGACCGAAAAGGUGGUCAAGCACGCCGCUGCCAACAGCCCUGAAAGCUGGAAGUCGGCCGUCACCGACGUUGCUUCCACCCUCGGCUUCUCCACUUCCAACUACACAAAGACUGUCGUCUUCAAGCCCAAGACUGCCAAGUCUGCUACCCCUACCCCUGUCGUACUUAUUGCCAAGGAUGACUCCGAAUACAACACCGGUGCUGUUGCCAAGCACAUCGGCCAGAAGGAGAUGCGUCUUGCUGCUCCCCAAGUCUUGAAGGAGUUCCUCAAUGCUACCAAGGACGACGUCUCUGCUCUCUCCAUCACAAAAGAAAACGCUCUACAGCUCAUUGCCGUUCUCGACGCUGGCCUCGCUACCAGCACCGACCACUUUGCCGUUCACGCCGCUAGCUCCGAAGAGACUCUCUUCAUGACCGGUGCCGAAAUCGCCAAAUACCUUCAGAGCACCGGUGUCAAGCUCGAAAUCGUUGACUUUUCCGAGCUCAAGGCUGAGGCUGCUACUCCUGUCGCCAAAGCUUCUGCUCCUGGUACCGCUUCCGCCCCUGGCUCCACACAAGGCCCCAUCCCCGCUUCCAACAAGGCCAAAGCUGCUGAGGCCGCUAAGAUCCCUGAUGCAGAACAGAUCGGUAUCACCGUUCGCAAGGCAGGCGACUUCCCCGCAUGGUACACUCAGGUCUUGCUCAAAGGUGACAUGCUCGACUACUACGAUGUUUCCGGAUGCUACAUUCUCAAGCCCUGGUCGUACUUCGUUUGGCAGUCGAUUCAAAACUUCUUCGAUGGCGAGAUCAAGAAGAUUGGUGUCGAGAACUGCUACUUCCCCAUGUUCGUCUCUGCCGAUGUUCUCGAGCGCGAAAAGGACCACAUCGAAGGGUUUGCUCCUGAGGUAGCUUGGGUUACUAAGGCUGGUAACAGCGAUCUCGAGCGUCCUGUUGCUAUUCGUCCAACUUCCGAGACUGUCAUGUAUCCAUACUACGCCAAGUGGAUUCAGUCGCACCGCGAUCUCCCGCUCAAGCUCAACCAGUGGAAUUCGGUCGUCCGAUGGGAGUUCAAGCACCCUCAGCCAUUCCUCCGAACGCGUGAGUUCCUCUGGCAAGAAGGUCACACCGCCCACAUCUCUCUCGAAGAAGCCGAUAAGGAAGUCAUGCACAUUCUCGACCUCUACCGUCAAGUCUACGAGAAGCUUCUCGCUGUCCCCGUCGUUCCAGGUGUCAAGUCGGAGAAGGAGAAGUUCGCAGGUGGAUACUACACCACCACCGUUGAGGGUUUCGUCCCCACCACCGGUCGCGGUAUUCAGGGUGGUACCUCGCAUUGUCUCGGUCAGAACUUUUCCAAGAUGUUCAACAUUACCGUUGAAGAUCCCAAAGCUCCGGAAGAGUUCCGUGGAAAGGAUGAGGGCAAGUUGCACGUUUGGCAGAACUCGUGGGGUCUUUCCACCCGUACUAUUGGUGUGAUGGUGAUGGUUCACGGUGACGAUGAUGGUUUGGUGAUGCCUCCACGUGUUGCUCAGGUUCAGGUCAUCAUCAUUCCUUGCGGUAUUGGUGUCAAGACCACCCCUGCUGAAAAGGAAGCUAUUGUGGACGCAUGUGACAAGACCGCAAAGGACCUCAAAGCUGCUGGUAUCCGAGCAAAGGCGGAUCUGCGAGACAACUACAGUCCAGGCUUCAAGUUCAACGAUUGGGAGAUGCGUGGUGUUCCCAUCCGACUCGAAAUCGGUCCUAAGGAUCUCGAAAAGAAGUCUGUCCUUUCUGUUCGUCGUGAUAACAAAGCCAAAGCUCCUCUCUCCGUCGAUGGGUUGUCCGAGUCUAUCGCUAAGCUCUUGGACACGAUUCACGAUGACAUGUUCGCCAAAGCCGACGCAGAGUACCGUUCGCGAAGAAAAGUUUGCGAACAGUGGGACGAUUUUACCCGCAUCCUUAACGAUAAAUGCCACGUCGUCAUCCCUUGGUGCGAAAUCGAAGCAUGCGAGGACGAAAUCAAGAAGCGUAGUGCCAGACAAGCUACAUCGGGCGAGGCGGAGGAUGAAAAGGCUCCAAGCAUGGGUGCCAAAUCGCUUUGCAUUCCCUUCGAUCAGGCUCAGUUCGGCGAUGUUAAGGGUAAGAAAUGUCCUCAGUGCGGUACUGAGGCGAAGAGGUGGACUAUGUUCGGUCGCAGUUACUAA